CUCUCUCUCUCUCUGCAGUAGGGUUGGUGUGUUAUUGCGGUGGGGGUUGGAUCUGUGUGUGUGUAAAGUGCAGGUUUUAGCAGGCUGGAGCUCACACACACUAUUGUCCUCUCUGAUCUCGGUGUGUGUGUGUUUGCCUGCAGUAGUGCUGAUGUUCCGGCUGUGAGGAAUUCCCUGCUCCUCUGUCCAGCGGGAACGUGAGCGUUGGGAUCAGGGAUGUUACGCUGCUCUAUAACGGAUCAUCACUGCCGGAUCGGGACGCGCCUGCCGUAUGUGGGAAUAGCUCACCCGUGGAGGGGGCGUCUUGUGUGCCUUGAGUGUGUUUUUGCGAGGCAGCCAUGCGGUCGGAGCGCAUGAGUCGCGUGUGUAUCGUGGUGCUUGAAGAGGUGGAUGAUGAUGAGCCCGCCCCUCUGCGUUCCAAAAGCGGCCAGGACCACAUUUCCCAGAAUUCCUCUCAGGACGAGAAGCCGUCUCUGAUCAAAGCCAUAUUUAAUGUGGACUCGGAGGAAGUUCGUUCACUCAUAUUCAAGAAAGAAGAUGUCAACAUACAGGACAGUGAGACGAGAACGCCGCUCCACGCCGCUGCCUACCUGGGUGAUGCUAAGAUAAUAGAGCUGCUCAUCGUGUCAGGGGCGAGAGUAAAUGCUAAAGAUAAUAAAUGGCUGACUCCUCUUCAUCGGGCCGUAGCGUCCUGCAGUGAGGAGGCCGUGCGAGUGUUACUGAAGCAUUCUGCAGAUGUCAACGCACGGGACAAACACUGGCAGACGCCGCUGCACGUGGCCGUGGCCAAUAAGGCGGUGCGCUGCACCGAGGCAUUGAUCCCGUUGCUAAGCAACGUGAAUGUGUUGGACCGCGCCGGGCGGACACCUCUGCACCACGCUGCCUUCAGCGGCCAUCUAGAGAUGGUUCAGCUGCUGGUGUCUAAAGGUGCAAACAUUAAUGCCUUUGAUAAGAGAGACAGACGAGCUGUUCAUUGGGCUGCAUACAUGGGUCAUCUAGAGGUGAUAAAGUUGCUGGUGUCUCAUGGUGCUGAGGUUUGCUGUAAGGAUAAGAAAUCUUACUCUCCUCUUCACGCUGCCGCCUCCAGCGGAAUGAUCAACGUGGUGAAAUAUCUGCUUCUUGUGGGCGUGGAUAUCAACGAGCCGAACGCGUAUGGAAACACUGCCCUGCACCUGGCGUGUUCUAACGGUCAGGAUGUUGUUGUGAAUGAGCUCAUCGAUGCAGGUGCUGAUGUCAAUCAGGUGAACGAAAUGGGCUUAACACCGCUGCACUUCACCGCCGCGUCCCGACAGGGGGCGCUGUGCCUGGAACUGCUCGUGGCCAGCGGGGCCAAUGUCAACAGUAAGAGUAAAGAUGGGAAAACUCCUCUCCACAUGGCGGCCGUUCACGGGCGAUACUCUCGAUCUCAGGCUGUCAUUCAGAACGGAGCGGAUGUCAACUCUCAGGAUGUGAACGGUAAUUCUCCUCUGCACGUAGCAGCGCGUUACGGUCACGAGCUGAUCAUAAACACACUUCUGGCGAACCGAGCGGACGCGGCCCGGCGGGGCAUCCACGGCAUGUUUCCAUUGCAUCUGGCGGCGCUGAGUGGAUUUUCAGACUGCUGUCGCAAACUGCUCUCCUCAGGUUUUGAUGUAGACACUGCUGAUGAUUUUGGCAGGACGUGUUUGCAUGCAGCAGCCGCAGGAGGGAAUCUAGAAUGUUUAAAUCUGCUACUGAACACCGGUGCAGACUUUAAUAGGAAGGACAGCUUUGGGAGGACUCCUCUGCAUUACGCUGCUGUUAACUGUAUGUAUCAGUGUGUGUUUGCUCUGGUCGGUUCGGGGGCGAGUGUGAAUGAGCGUGACAUCAGAGGCUGCGGACCGCUGCAUUACACCGCUGCUGGGGACUCACGCGGCAAGUGUGUGGAGUAUCUGUUGAGGAAUGAUGCUAAUCCAGCUCUCAGGGAUAAAGACGGAUACAACGCUGUUCACUACGCUUCAGUUUACGGCCACAGAAUCUGUCUGGAGCUGAUUGCUAGUGAAACACCAUUAGAAGUGCUAAUGGGCAGGUCUGUCUCUGACUUCAUAAAUGACUCGGACAUCCAGUCCCCCAUCAGCCCUUUACACUUAGCGGCAUAUCACGGUCACCACCAGGCUCUUGAGGUUCUGGUUCAGUCUCUGUUAGAUCUGGAUGUCAGGACUCCUCAAGGUCACACACCUCUGGCUCUGGCUGCCCUGAAAGGCCACGUGGAGUGUGUGAAUAUUCUUAUAAACCAGGGUUCAUCUACGCUGCUGAAAGACUACACACACAAGAGAAGCCCCUUACACACCGCAGCUAUGAACGGUCACUCUGAAUGUCUGCGUCUGCUCAUCAAUGCAGAUCAACACACAGACGUCGAUAUACGAGACAGCAGGGGCCAGACUCCUCUGAUGUUGGCGGUUCUGGGUGGACACACAGAUUGUGUGUAUCUGCUGCUGAGGAGAGGGGCCAGCGUGGAGGCCAGAGAUAAAUGGGGCAGGACGGCUCUCCAUCGUGGGGCAGUAAUGGGUCAUGAGGCGUGUGUGGAGGCGCUCUUGCGGCACAGAUCCGGUCUUCUGGUUCAGGACGGUAGGGGGCGCUCUUCUCUGCAUCUGGCAGCAGCUAGCGGGCAUGUCGGGGUCUUAAGGGCUCUCUUGAAAGCAGCACAGUCUCAGAACAUCAUCCCUGUCACUAAAGACAACUGCGGUUACACACCGCUGCAUUGGGCCUGUUACAACGGUCAUGAUGCGUGUAUAGAGCUCAUUCUAGAACAUCAAGAGUUUUAUCAUAUGGAAGGAAACUGCUUCAGUCCACUUCACUGCGCUGUUAUUAAUGAUAAUGAGUCAGCAGCAGAGAUGUUGAUCCAGUUGUUGGGUCCAGGGAUUGUAAACGCCUCAGACUCUCAGUGCAGGACUCCGCUGCACGCCGCAGCUUUCACAGAUCACGUGGCGUGUUUGCAGCUUCUGUUGGGUCACGGCGCUCAGGUGAAUCCCGUGGACACGCUGGGCAAAACUCCUCUCAUGAUGGCGGCAGAGAACGGACAGACCAACGCCGUAGAUCUUCUGGUGAGCGGUGCGAGAGCUGACCUCACCCUACGGGACUCAAACAGAAACACAGCUCUUCAUCUGGCGUGCAGUAAGGGGCUUGAAACCAGUGCCUUGUUAAUCCUGGAGAAGACCGCCGAUAGAAACCUCAUCAACAUCACAAACGCUGCGCUGCAGACUCCGUUACACAUUGCUGCUCGGAAUGGUCUCACUGUGGUCGUACAAGAGCUUCUGGCUAAAGGAGCGAGCGUUCUCGCUGUGGAUGAAAACGGUUAUACUCCAGCUUUGGCUUGUGCCCCCAACAAAGACGUGGCAGAUUGUUUGGCGCUGAUACUCGCCACCAUGAUGCCCCUCUCCCCCACCAGUACCGGACUCACGUUUGCCAGCUUCAACCACUUCUCAAGCCCGUCCAAGACGGUGACCUUUGACUCUUUACCCACGCUGAGAUCCGAACACGUCUCUUAUCGUAACUUCAACAGCCUGUGCCGUGAGGACCGCCUCAUCUGUCCUGAUGAUGAACUCAAUGAUUCAGAUUCAGACACGUACUGAUGACCCGUCCCAGUGUCUCGCUGAACCAUCUGCACAUGCAGUCAUGUGGGCCUGAGCGGCCACAGUCUCAGGAGAGAGAGAGAGAGAAAAAACACGCCGAUGGCCCAUUUGUUUAAAGAAAUAGUUCACCCAAAAAUCAUGAACUCUCAUUCUGUGGAUGACAAAGGGUGGAAAAAGUUUCCCAUAUAAUCAAAGUAAAUAUUGACUAAGGCCGUCAAGCUCCGAAUAACAAAAUAAUAUAUAUAUAAAAUGAUCAUGGAUGUUGGUACAUAAAGCUGUCAUAUGAAUUCAGAGGACAUGGAAUUUAGCGCAUUAGUUUUACGAUUCAUUUAAUUUCAUGAUACAUAAAGUUUAUUUGUUUAGCACUUUUCGCAAGACAGAGUCAUAGUUUCGUGCUGUACAGAAGAAAAGUCAUACGGGUUUGAAGCAACAUAUUGAGUCAAGUAGACAGUAUUGAACCUUUUGUGGAACAACUGCAACGGCAAAAAUUCAUUUUCAUUAUUGGAUCAUGAAAGAAGAAGGAAACCGAAAGAGAGGACGUGAAAACUUCAGGGACCAAGAAGCGCAGAUUUCUCCUGCAUCUUUUACUUUACGCCCUGUCUGUGCAUGAAGAAUGAAUUCAGGUUUAUAUCGACGUGGAUUAUUUAUUAUAAAGGUAUGAAGAGCAACACAAGACGGACUCUUCUAGGGUUCAAACUGAGAGUUUAUUUCUCUGCGGUCAUGAGGAAUCACAGCGUUUUUAUCCGUUGUUCCUCUGUACAGUAGACGUGUGUGUUUGUGUGACGUGUGUGUAUGUGUGUUUGAUUCUUUUAUAAGAAUUUAAAGACAAUAACCGAGUCGGUGUGUGGCAUAAUGUACAUUUUGGUACAUGAAAUGAUGAAUAAAUAUUUGCUUUAAGCUUAAAGAGUUGUUGUAUUUUUAAACAUCUUUUAAAAUAAACGAAGUUUGAAUUUCUUUCUUUUCUGGAACACCCAAGAA